GCAAGCUUUACUCUCCACUGUCUACUAUCGUCGAUCGCUCCCGCUGUUCUUCUUCUCGGUUUCCCCUUGAUCUCCAAUGGAGGUUAGAGGUGUGUGGCGGAUGGUAAUGGUGCUAUGCGUCGCGGCCUCCGCUGUGGGAGUGUCCUGUUCGAAGUUUGACGAGCUCGUGCAGCCGAGCUGGGCGACGGACCAUAUCAUUUACGAAGGGGAGCUUCUUAAGCUCAAGCUCGACAACUCCUCCGGAGCUGGAUUCGCCUCCAAGAGCAAGUAUCUCUACGGCAAGGUCACCGCCGAGCUGAAGCUGGUGGAAGGCGACUCCGCGGGGACUGUCACUGCCUUCUACAUGUCGUCGGAUGGGGCGAGUCACAACGAGUUCGACUUCGAGUUCCUGGGGAACAGGACGGGAGAGCCGUACCUGGUGCAGACCAACCUGUACAUCAACGGGGUGGGCAACCGGGAGCAGCGCAUGGACCUGUGGUUCGACCCCACAGCCGAUUUCCACGCCUACUCCGUCCUGUGGAACCCGCGGCAGGUGGUCUUCCUCGUCGACGAUACUCCCGUCCGGGUGUUCUCCAACCAGGAGCACCGCGGCAUCGUCUUCCCCCGCGAUCAGCCCAUGGGGGUCUACAGCUCUAUCUGGAACGCCGACGACUGGGCCACCGAGGGCGGCCGCGUCAAGACCGACUGGUCCCACGCCCCCUUCGUGGCCACCUUCCGCGGCCUCCGCAUCGACGGCUGCGAGUGGGCCCCCACGGCGGCGGGUCCGGCGGAGCUGCAGCGCUGCAGCGCCAGCGCGUGGGGGAAGGAGGGGCGCUACUGGUGGAAGGAGAAGGAGAUGGAAGCGCUGAGCGUGCACCAGAGCCACCAGCUCAUCUGGGCCCGGGCCAAUCACCUGGUCUACGACUACUGCAGCGACCCGGGCCGGUUCGCGACCCAACCGCCCGAGUGCGGAAAGAAAUAAACCCGGUUCACUGGCACCGAUAGGCUCACACUCUGCGCACGCGACUCGCCGGCGAACCGCUGGUUCUUCGUUGUUCUCUCGCUUGGGACCACUGUUUAGGAUCGAUCUCGUCGUCUCUUCUCUUCCUUCGUGUGUUCAAUUACCAUGUCUUCUGCUCCUUAUCAGUGACUUUUGUUGGAUGUAUAAAAAGUUUAGGGAGUCGAGAAAGGUGUUUCGUUUGCA